AUGUAUGAAGCAUCAGCAGUCAAUAGUAAUGAACACGUUGUUCUCGAUCUUCCACCAGAAAAUUUUAAUCAUAAUAUGGCUGUACCUCAAGGUGGAUUUGCUUUAUUGAGUCAUACUCCUCAGAAUGCUUCCUUAGUGCAUGCUGUUACGUUUCUUGCAUUUGACCCUUUUGAGGAACUUCUUUGGUCUGGCAAUAACGGGGGCCGUGUAGUUUCUUUUUAUGGAGGAGAUUUAGUGAAAUAUACAGCUUUUUUAUCAGCUAAGGCUGAUAUUCGCCACAUAACGGUUACAGAAACUUUAGUCUUAUCUCUAACAGAGCAGAAAUUACGAGCAAAUAGGCGACAAGGAAUUCCUAUAUUUUCAUAUUCUUCGGAAAAUCUAGUGAAUGGAACAUGUAUGCACCAGCAUCCGGACGUUCCUAAUACAGUUUUAAUUGGUGGUCAUCAGCAGAAAUUAAUUCAGUUAGAUUUGCUGACUCAGAAAGAAACUCGUGUCGUGCAUAUGAAACAAAGGGAUUGUUUGGCCUUACGAUCGAAUCAAAAAUUCAUCUUUAGUUGCGAUUCGGCUGGAAAUGUAACACUGCAGCAUAAAUCAACAGUAGAUGAUCUCCAUGCGUUACAAGCUCAUCAGAAUAGCGUUGCUGACUUCGAUGUUUGUGGGAAUAAGCUUGUAACCUGUGGAUAUUCAAACAGGCAUGGGAAUUUAAUCGGCGAUCGCUUUCUGAUGACUUAUGAUCUCAGAACUCUACGAUCACUGCCACCUUACCAUUUACCUUUUGCUCCAGUUUUUUGCCGCUUUCUACCUACCUAUUCGGACAGUCGUUUAGUUGUCGCUUCUCAAGCCGGUGAAAUGAUGGUGAUAGAUUUAAAUCAGUCACCUAGUCAUAUGCCCAUUCAACUUGAUUUGAAUGGAUUGGCAUUGAUAUCUCUUGAUGUUUCACCAUCGCGGCAGUGCAUAGCUUUUGGUGAUCAAAGUGGCUUUAUCCAUCUUUUUUCGGAUCGUGCCCAAGCUUCUUUUAAUGAAGAUGCUUAUCCAACUGAUUUUGCCACUCCGCCUCAGUAUUAUCGUGAAAUAAUGAAUUUCGAUGAGUCUUCAUCAGCAUAUAGCAGCAUUCCUCUUCCAUUUUCAACAGAUGAUCACUACUUAUCCGACUGGCCGGAAAAUCUCUGCGUGCGUUGUUUUAGAAAACCGGAUCCAAUACCAGAACAGAUUUUGGAAUCGAUGAAAAUGCUUGAUUUCGUCGGUUAUGCUCGAAAUCCUCGUGUUACGUUCAAGACUCAUAACAUUCAGCCAUAUUCAAAUGUGACUGCUGCUUCAAAUAGAAAUUUUCCAGCAGAUGCCAAUGUCCGCACAGCUUUCCUGCAGCAUAUUUGCGAUCUUUCACUUUGUUUAUCUUGUGAAAUUGGUUUUAUAUUUCGUGAACUAUUGAAGAAAAGUUCACUGGCUCCAUCGUUUUGCGCAUUAGAAGACGGUUAUCGAUGGAUGAAAGAAGCAGAACAAAUGGAUUUGGCUAAGAAAACGCGAUCCUUCCUUGAAUUUACUUUUUCGAGACUUCAUAAAGAGUUAGGUACAUCACCAUCAGGAUUCAUACUUCGUGGCCAAAUGCAGUUGAAUUUCAAAUGGGAGAGGAUGCCGUUUUGCACAUUGGUCGAAAAAGCGCUAAAUGUACCAGAACAAACAGAUGCGCUUUGCGCGAUUUGUAAAAAACAAGCGCGUAUUUCAUCGACUCAGCGUAUACAAUUACUUCCACCAGUUUUAAUGAUCGAUGCAAUGAUAAACGGUGAAUGCUCAUUCUGGGCUACACAACUCCAGGUCUUACUUCAUCUAGCCUAUGACUCAAUGAAAAAAUUCACAUCGGGUGUGGAAUCUUUCAGUGUUAAAAGUCUUUUAACUGAUAAUGAAUAUAUUUGUGGUGAAGGAGCUAAUCACAUUCAUUAUGUUCCUAGUAAUAUGGAAAUAAAAAUUUCGGAUGGAAUUUGUCAAGUUUCAGAAGCUUUGAAUUGGGUAUUAUUUAACGAACAUAUUGCAAAAAGAUUGCCUGAGAAUGAGGUCUUGCAUAUGGAUGCUGCUUGGAAACUUCCCUUUGUCCUUUUCUAUAGACAGGAAAACAUUCCAGAAGUAGAGAAUAAAUUGGCGUCUAUACCUUCGAGCAUUUUUUUGACAACAUCUUUAUUCACACCAUUUUUAACGAAUAAUAUUUGCGAGAAUCUUCCAAAAAAAGGUGACAUCAUUGCAAUUGCACUUGAUGGACCAUCUGUAAUACGUGUGAGUUGUGUCAAUGGUAAUGGCGAUUGUUUCUUGGACGAUUAUGUAAAACCGAUUACGGAUGAUAGUUCAGCUCAAUAUUCACAAGGAUGGAGCACUGCUUCUAAUUUUGUGAAUGAGGAGCAUUUAACCAGCUUCAAAACUAUACAUAUGAAAUUGUUAUAUUUGAUUGAUCAAGGCGUUAAUUUCAUAUCUCAUGGUGAAAAUCAUGUACUGAGGACUCUAAGCAUCUCUAUUCAACCUGAAUACGAUACAAUGCAAUUGUUUCAAAAGCCCUCAAAAUCUUUAUUUCCACUUGACUUUCUCGUUUCCAAACUUCUUGGUGGUGUGGGCGAUAGUUCAACAAUGGAUUGUAUUGGUAGAGCUGUCAAUAUAUAUCGUCUUUAUAAAAAAUAUCAUGAGCUGAAGGACAAAGGUGAACUUAAUUCAGUGCUGACUGGUUUGUACGAAUGUUGGAAAAAUUAA